UUUUUGAGAGCCCACAGCAAUUCUCUAUCCUACGUGGCGCUCUCAAAAGUCUCUAUUUUGAUUUAUCUAAUCCUGUAUUAUUCAUUUUACAUCUCAAUUCUCAAGGUCUGCUAGAAAAUCAAUUCUGAUAUUCAAUCAUCCGUUACAAAUUAGAGGCGCAAUAGAUCUGCAAUACUUCUCAAAUUUCUCUCCAUCCCUCUGCAAAUUUCAUGCUCAAUCACCGUUACAAAACUUAGAUUAGCAAUUGAUCUGCAAAUAUUCUCAAAUCCCUCUCCAUCCGUCUGCAAUCACCGUUCUCAAAUCUCAUCUUCCGAUCAUUCUUGAAUCUCUCCAUCCAUCUGCAAAUCGUUCUCAAAUCCCAUCUCCCGCCGUCUACAAAUCCUUAUCACAACAAUUGAUAUGCUAAUCUCUAUAUACCGGGUCUCCCACCGCUGAUACAUCAAAAUUGGCAGGAUUUGGUGCUCCAUCUCCCCGCCUGAUUCCGAACUAUUUUUUUGAGGUAAACCCUAAUCAGGUGGAUCUACUCCGAUUGAGGAUUUUUAAGGGACAUAUGAUGCACCUUUUGCUUCGCAACCAGAAUAGUAAUGAAGUGGCUCAUAGAAUCUUGCUCAGAUGCACAAUCUUACUCAAUUUUCUAAUUUUAUGAUUGGAGACACAAAUGAGAACCAUGAUGUACUCACCAUCAUGCUAGAUAGACACAAGUCUUUUAAAGUCAAGGUGGGAACGAGAUCUGACAAUCGGGCACAAUUUUCUAACAUUUCUCCUGAUGAGGUUAUGGAAACAUUGCUGCAAAAGUUUGUUGAACUAGAGCAAACAGCUAAAGACCAAGUUGCAGACAAUGCAAUUCCUGGUAAAGAUCUGCUGGACACGAUGUGUAGCUAUGACACCAUGAUAAAAGAGUGGUUGUGUGUGGGUAGAUUUGCAAGAGCGUUGGAAGCUCUUUGGUGAUAUGGAGGCUCACGGAGUUCAUCCUUAUUCGAUCAUAUAUAAAAAAGUUCCUUACAAUUUGUAUUAUACUAUGUAAUAUGGAAGUUUUUUUUGUCAUUGUUUUUCUUAUAUUAGAACAUAAUCUUUUACCUAAAAAAAAAUGAGUAAAUGACAUAAUGUUUCUCAUGGAUAAAAUUCUAUCGAAUGUAAAUAUUAGAUUCCGCA